AUGCUUGCUGAAACCCGGGUUGCUGGUACACGCUUCCCUGAGGUCGAACAGCUCAUAGCGGGCCGACACCACGACGCCAUGCAGUCGCCUCCCGACUAUGACAUGAUGGCUCAGCGAGAAGACUCUGGCAUCAUGGAUGUAUAUCCGAGUACCGAGACGGGCUCGGCGCAUGGCUCCUUGUCGCCCUCUAAGCAGAUGCCCAAGAAGCACGUCAGCUUCGAGCUACUGCUACCCCAAUCGCCAGCCCACAAGGCUCGUUUACCGAUGCGAGUUGAUAUCUACCCCCAUGAUACGACAGACUCCAUCAUUACCACAGUCAAGAACUUCUACGGUCUGUACGAGCGCCGAGGCGUCAUCUUUGAGGACCGCCAUGGCAAUACGCUCAUCGCGCGCUUCGAGAACUUCGAACACGGCAUGACUAUCUAUGUUCGCGUCUCUCCAGAGAGUAUGGACGCCGAAGACUACUCUCCUGAUCCCAGACAGCAGACCAUCUCGCCCCGUCGCCCUCGACUUCAUCUUGAUGAGGCCUUCCAGAUGCUCCCGCCCCACCAUCAUCAGCAAGCGGGCUCCAGAUCAGGAUCCCGUCAUGCGCGCCAAAGUCACUCACCUCAACCAGGUCGUGGCCGAAGAAGCGUCUCCGCCAGUAAGCGUAUGCGCACUUCUGCAAAGAGUCGCGCAAACAGCUCGCAUGGAAGCUUCGCCAAUGGUGACGACUACAGCGAUAGCGAAGGCGAGCAUGGCUCUGUGACCAGCUCGCGUCGCUCAAGGAAAGAGCCCCUUGCAAGUGCUGAAAUCAGCGUUGACAACAUCGUUGAAGGCGGCCGCCGAAAGCGAGCCAAAUUUGACAGCUCGGAGCUGCCUCUGUUCGUACCACCUCAAGUUCCUAUGACUGCUUCCUUGUCGUCCGUGUCUCCUCAACGGCGUAUCAGCGGCAAUACCGCUGGUUCUCCAUACUCUGCCAAUCAGCAGACUUUCUCAUACUCGCAUCCACUGCCUUCGCCGCAGAGUUUUGGCCAGGGAGAAAGCUCCUACCUCCAAGGACUCGUCACACCCUACUCUGCGUCUAGCAGCCAGGCACAGGGAUACAAGUCACGCGCUCGAGGCUCAGGACAACACGCCCAUUAUCGCUAUUCCGGUAGCGGUGGAGCUCUGCCCACACCCGAUACCACUCUUGCGAGUAUUAGCGUCAUCUCUGACGAAGACGUUGCCCGCCAGCUUAUGCGCUUGGGUGAUGCCUCCAACUUCUCCAAUCAUCGUACUUCCACUUCCACGCUUGACGAUGCCUUCAGCGGAAAGGCCGAUGCAGCGUCAUCCAGUGAUGAGAGCGCUGAUGGCAGUGACGAUGACAAUGAACUUCCCCCUCUUCCAUACAUGGCUCGUACAAUGCACGACCACACUCGUGUUUACGACGGGGCCGAGAGCAGUGGGGAGGAUUAUGAGGAUGAUCGGGACGGAUCCUUCAAGGGCGCCAGUGACGAGAUGAUGCCCGAUGAGCACAACAACUAUCGUGUACAGUCUGGCGUCAUCAAAGCUCGUUCCGUGUCGAGCAAGUCUGGCAAGCAUGGCAAGCCUCGCGCAGUCUCGAAGAGCAAGAGCAAGGUCAAUGGCACCAGCAAAACACCAAUGUCGCCCUCUUCUCUUCCGUCACAAUCAAGGAAGGCAUCUAAUGCAUCAUUGAACUUCCAACACCAGCUCGGUGUCGAUGAGGAAGACCUUUCCAGCAAGCCUCGUUGCCAACGCUGCCGUAAGAGCAAAAAGGGCUGCGACCGUCAACGACCCUGCCAGCGUUGCAAAGAUGCCGGUAUCAGCGCCGACGGGUGCGUAAGCGAGGACGAAGGUAACGGUAGAAAAGGCCGUUACGGACGCCACAUGGGUGUCUCAGUCAAGAAGAACUCAACAUCGUCAGCGACGUCAAUGGCUCCUCCCCCAAUGUACGAAUACAACAUGCCGAUGGACGGUGCACACUCGAUGAGCAUGUCCCUGGACAAAAGCAAGAAACGCAAGAGGUAG